GCAGGCCAUUCCCUCCCCGUCCCAGCUGACGGCAAGAGGUGCUUCAGAAAAUGUGCUGUUACUGGGGAAUACAAACGAAGAAACAGGCGCUCAACAGAAACGAGGAGCCAGGUUUGCAAAGGUUCCUCUUCACCUUAAAACCUUUUUCCUAAGUAGGAGGUGAGGAUGUGAUAAUCAUUUUGUUCAGCUCUGCCACAUCAGCAGAAAGACCGGUGUUGAGGGACACAGGAAAAAAAAUGUAAAGCUACUCGAGGGACUCCUGUUUGAAGUAUUUGUUUUUAAGAUAAAGUGGUACAGAGCUGCCAGUAAGGGGAGAGGAAAAGACAAACUGUGAGCUUUGGUUUGUCAAUAGGGACUCCAAUGAGACUGGACAAAUAAUGUUUAUGAGAGUACCUCACUAAUGAGGUGAGAGGCUGAAAGUGUAAAAUAGUAAUCUGAAGUUUUAAAGCAGAAAGAGCACGCAAACAGGGCUCUGGAGAACUACAGACUAUCCACCAGGCUAAGCAGUGUCCGUUGCCUGAGAUAGGUUGAGCUAAAAUGAAACAAGCCUUUGAGUUUCUACUGAUCCUGUGCUGUCCAAAACUCCAGUGGACCAAACGUACCCCAAGACAAAACGGACCUCUUCUGUGUUUGAUUUCUCCUCUGUGGCGUGUACACAGAGUAUUGCAUCUGUUACCUUUUUCAAGUGUUUCUGAAAGCACAGUUCAGGAUUAGUGUACAUAUCAACAAACUGAAAUAAGCCAACCUACUCCACUGUUGUUUACUAUGAAAAGCGAAGAACCGUUCAGAACUGUGUGUAGCAUAGCAGUAAGUUCCUUUGGUGGCGAUGACUGCAUUAUGAGAACAGAAUCAAAUCCAUAGCAGUUUAUCAUUAUGGUAGUGAGAUGGCUACAGAUGUGGAUUUCCACAUUUAUAUUCACAUAUAUACAUCUCAAUAUGUUUAUAUUGAGAUAAGCAAUUCUUUCUACUUAAAGGCUAUUAUGAUAAAUAUUUGUGCAUGAUUUUUUAAGCAGCUUAAAAGUAAACACAUUUAUAAUUUAAGCAUGUUAACAAAUUAACGGGAUUGAUUGCAUACUCAGCAUUUUAAAGCCACUUAGGUGUUUAAGUUUAAACUUAGGAAGUCUAAAUUAAGGCUUCUGUUUCUUAAGAUCUUAAACUCUUUUUUACUUUUUUUUUUAAACUUAAUAACUGCAUUUAACAGAUCUGAUGAUUCUACAAAAUCUCAAGAAACAGAUCACGUCUUUGUGAUGUGUGGUUUGUGAUCUGUAGUCUGUCAUCUGGAAAAACGUUAUAUUAAAGUAACAAGCACUACAGUAAAUAACAGCUUGUUUUUGGUACAUAGAGAAAUGGACAAGUUCACAGACGUGGAAGAAGUCUAGAUUUUUAUCAAGUUCUCUUACAAGCUUUGUCUACUAAUGUUGAAGUAUAUAUUACUCCAUAUAGGUUUCAUGCUUACAGUUUGAUUUCUUAAAAAAUACUGAAAAGAAUUAAUUAGCAGCCGAGAAACAGCUUAACAGCGACCAUGUCUCUGGAGACAGAAGAAGAUGAAAUCUCAAGCGGUCUAAAUACAAAAGGACUAAAUGAAAGCUUUCACGAGUUUCCUGAAAAUGAUUCCAGGAAAGACUCAUUACAUUCAUCAGAGAAUCCUAAAGUAGUUGACAGUACAGAAAGUCAGCAUGUAAUUUCAUAUGAAGCGCCUAAAGCAGAUGACAAUGAGCAAAGCCAUAAAAUGACUGAAAAUGUAUCUAAAAGUGACUUGCCUGAAAAAAGACAUGAAUAUGAAUUCUCAGCCGAGAUAAAUGCUGCCACCGUGCCUCCAGGUGUCUCUGAAGCAGAUGUGAGAAAAUACAAACUACUUCCAUCAGCUGAAAAGAAUACUGGAGAACUAUACCAAACUUUGUCAGAAGCUGUUGAUGAAGAUGCCAAAACAGACACGUUACCAUCGGGAGGGAAUCCUGAAAAUGCUGAAGGUGAAUCAACAUAUACAUUACCUGAAGAAAAGGAUGAGAAUUUCACCCUUACGCUAAACGAUAAAGGAUUAAGGGACGUUUCUCUGCUCAUUUUUCAAAAUCAACAUUUAAAAUAUUUGCAUUUAUGCAACAAUGAAAUAAAAGCAUUGCAUUCAAAUAUAGGUAAUCUAAUUAAUCUGGAAGUCCUGUUAGUUGAAAGAAAUAGGUUGACAUCACUGCCACCAGAAAUUUCCUUACUUCAUAAGCUAACAGUAUUAAAUGUCAGCCACAACCUGUUAUCAUAUCUCCCUAAAGAAUUACCAAAACUUGUAAAUAUUAAGGAACUCUUUCUCAGUCACAACAACAUUGAUGAAUUUCCUUUUGCACUGAAAAACCUUGAAACUUUAGAACUUGCAGGGAACAAGCUAAAAACUUUGCCAGAUACCAUAGCUGACAUGAAAAAUUUGAAGGUACUCAACAUUGAUUCCAAUCAGAUCUUAAUAUUCCCAAAGGUUGUCUGCUACCUUCCUAAUCUAGUAAAACUCAGCAUAUGUGAGAAUUUGAUUCAGAGCUUGCCAAAGGACAUUAAAGAGCUCAAGAAACUACGGGAAUUUUCAAUCAGUAGCAAUAAGCUUAUAUUUUUGCCUGUGCAGCUUUUUCAGUUGACAAAACUAGAAGAACUCAGAGUUGAUGAUAACAAACUGGAGUUUCUUUCAGAUAAAGUUGAGAAUUUACAAGAACUGAGGUUUCUGAACCUUGCAAAAAAUUUAUUCAGAAACAUUCCAGAGAAUCUUUGCAACUGUACCAUGCUGAAAUAUCUCAUUCUACAUGAUAAUCAGUUAACCCAGCUUCCUGCUAAUAUUCACAAACUUAAGCACUUAAAGGAGUUUUCCUUAAGUAGGAACCAGCUGGCCUCACUGGACGAACAAAUGUCACAUUUUAAAGACCUCUCCGUAGUAGAGCUUUCUGGAAAUGCACUGACAUACAUUCCUGUUGAAUUAAAAAAUUGUAUGUGGAUAACCAAAGUUGAUCUCAGCAAUAAUAAGCUCUCUCAAUUUCCACAUGCAUUGUGUGCACUAUUUGAUCUUAAGUGCUUAAAUCUUAGUGGAAACUGCAUUUCAGAAAUAAUACCUGGAAUUUCUUACAUUAAAAAUUUGGAGCAUCUAUGUUUAAGCAAAAAUAAACUGUCCUCUUUUUCUGCAUGCUUGUGUAGCCUUACAAAAUUAAUUUACUUGGAUGUAAGUGAGAAUGAAAUCAAUAGCAUGCCAGCAAUGGUAUCUGAGAUGAAGGCUCUCCAGGUACUUCUUUUACACUGCAAUAAAUUGGACUUAUUUCCCGAAGAACUGUGUUCUUUAAAGAGUUUACAAACACUCAGCCUUUCAGAUAAUCAGAUAAAGAGCAUUCCUUUACAGAUUAGCAGUCUGGAAGUGAUUAAAGAACUGAAUGUAUCCAACAACCAGUUUCUAUCUUUCCCUUCUGAAAUAUGUCAUCUUUCAUCACUGGAGAAAUUGACAGUGUGCCAAAUGAAUGGGGUGAAGUUAACAGAGGUUCCAGAGGAGAUAUCUAAAUUGAUUUGCCUCCGAGAGCUUGACGUAUCUCAUAAUGCAUUAAAGGAAAUUCCAGAUGGCAUAGGGAAACUGGAAUAUUUGGUCCAUUUAAUUGCAAAUAAUAAUGAAAUCAGUCAGCUCCCCACAUCUAUUACAUCGCUAAGAAAUCUACAGCAGCUUGACCUGAGUGGAAAUCGCCUGAUAUCUUUGCCUGCUGGUCUUCGUCAUCUUCAUUUGCUGACAGAUAUAAACUUUGAUGGAAAUGCUCUGUCUGAACCACUGCAAGAGGUGUGUAAAGGAAAGCAGCUACAUCCCAUUCUGUGCUAUCUGGAAAGUGCUGAUGAAAGAGAUGCGAAAAUAUUGCAGAAGAUAUUAGAAGUGAUUGCUGACAACGUUCCUUACGAAAAUGUUGAAUUUUUCUGCCAGAAACUGCAACUUCAUCACGCUGACAUCAAGUCUCUUGAAAAUAGCAGGGCUGUUAAGCCGGAAGAGAAAAUCACUACAGCGCUGAACAUUUGGAGAAGUGAAAACCAAGUCCUAUCUUCUGCUGAAAUGAUAGAUAAACUAAUCAGAAUCCUAGUAAUGACAGGCAUGCAUUAUCUCAUCAACAAAGUGAAAGCUUUAAAACUCUGUUCACAAUCAGUAAAAUUGUGAGCAUGUAAUGUACAAAGAGUAUUUCUGAAAGGAAAGAAAAUUUGUGAUGUCAGUUUUUUCCCCCUGAAAGUAUUAUCACUUUGAGCAUACCAUAUCUUGAGAGAAGCUCAGCCUGUUUCUGAACCACUUUGUAGAAUCUUCUGUUUAUCUUUUACAAAUGGAAUAUAUUCAAAAAAAUAAAA